AUGUUCUCAGAUGCUCGGCCUUGGUGGGAGGAAGAUGCCGAGGAGGAGACCUCGCAAGCGACUGCGCCAGUCCAAGCUGUCACCGACCGCAAGACUCGCACUCCUUCCCCGACAGCCGGCGAGGGGCUAUCCUCAACCAUCAAGAACAAUGACGAGUCAACCUCCCAUGAUGCGCCAACCUCUAACGACGAAACGGCAUCUCACGUCGAACCAGCCUGGCCCACCUUCGACGACCAGCCCACCUUCGACGACCAGCCCACCUUCGACGACCAGCCCACCUUCGACGAGCCCACCUUCGACGACCAGCCCACCUUCGACGACCAGCCCACCUUCGACGACCAGCCCACCUUCGACGAACAGCCAAACAUCUCUCCCAUCGAGCAACAUGCACCAUCAGGCCCAUCAUACGUCCUUACCCACUAUGUACCCUAUCCCGUGUUCCAUUAUGAAGAUACGGUCAACAAGUCCCACCCCGUCUACUAUCCUGUCGUCGUCCACCCUCCCACAAGUUCGCCUCCUUUUCACACGGCCCACGACCAAUGGAUGUACAGCCAAUGGAAAUAUGCGCAACCAAGACCUGAGCUACAGGUCGAUGCUACCACAGGACUACAUCCAGACAGACAGAAAUCUGCGCCUUCAUUGCAUUCGUCUUCUACCUGGUACACCCCCAGCCCCCACCUUGUCGAUGACUCAGCGUUCUCGCAGAGAUACAUGUCACCUCCACCACCCCCACAACCGGACCCCUCAAGUUAUGCCGGGCAUAACGCACAGUCGCAAUAUGGAUACUACGCCGGCCAGGACAUGUAUGCCAUGUACCGAGCUCAACCUUCAUUAAAUCAACAGGCAGCAUCAACAUAUCCAAACGAUAUACACCAUCAAAUUGCAAAACAGCGCUCGGAGCCCGCAUUUCAUCGUUCGAGUAUCGAUGUCGCUCUCGGGCGUGACCCGGCAUCUGGAGGGUAUAAUAAUCCAUACGCGACGACGAGCGCUCAAUAUUGGAACCCGAAGAGACAGAAUAACUCAAAAGCAGACCAUAACCUUACCCAAAAGCCUGGAUCUAUGGGCCAUCCGCAGAGCCAACAACGGCAGUAUCCGAGAGGAAGUCAGUAUCACGACCACACUUAUCCCCAGACUCAAGUCCAUGAAGCACCCCCUCUUUCGCAACCCACCCCUUCCAGACGCCGAUCAUUCUUGGAUACAAGGCCUAUCGCGAGCAUGACGAGCUUUGUGAGCCGACACAUCUCACGCUCGGCCUCACCGUCAAAACGUCCUGGCAGUCUGGCUGGGUCCGAGACUUCUCGACAGUCCGAGGGAGGAGGCCGAAGUCGUGUUGGUGCGGGGCUGAAGCGACAGCUAUCUCGUCUUCUGGGGGACAAAGCUGAUCCUGAGCCAUCAUACCCCAAACUCUCAUCCAAUGGGCUUCUCAAACCUCCUUCCCCAUCUCGCCCCUCUCGCUCUCCUACACCACCUCAUACCCCCAAGAAGGAGUCCAGCACCCCUCCCGCCCCAUGGUCAGCUCGGGCAGAAAGCCUACAGGUAGUUGCGUCCGAUACCCCAGGUAUUCUUCGGUUGGAGAAUAAGGAGGAAAGCGAAGGAUGGGACGUGGACAGUCAGCCGGCACAGUGGGACGGGACAUGGUUGACUGCAGAGGCCGAGUACAAUACGCGUACACCGAGACGCUUCGACCCUCGGUCUCCCAAGCCGAAGUCGCCCAAGAUACCCAUUCCCCUCUCAUUAUCGACUCCCUCAUACAGCUUGAAGCCUCCCAGAGCCAAGCCCGAUGAAGAUGGUUGGCAGACAGUACGGCAUUCGAAAUCUGCCACUUCGAUCAUGAACUUGGGCAAAGGCAAAGGGAAGAAGAAGUCGGGGAAGGACUUGAAGGCUAGCAAGAGCUCGGAAACCCUUCAGAACGAGAGGAAGAAGGUUUUGGAGACAGAGAUUGGAGUCAAGGAUAUGCUUCCGGGUGCUGGUGAUGGGAAGGCGGAGAGCGCAGGAGAUGGUUGGCGCCGAAGCGGUGCCGAUGGACAAGCUUCACACCAAUCACGUAAUCUGGAACAGGAUCUGGAUGUCUCAGGCUUCAACUCUCAGUAUGUAUCAGAAGCUCACCAAGACUCUACGACGCCUAAAAUCGCCUCGCCAAGGAUAUCGACGCCAGCACUGGAUGACCUCGCCUCCCAAAAGGCAAGGAAGGAAGAGGAGGAAGACGCGGGGGCAGAGGUUCUGGAUGAGGACGAUCAAGACUGCGACCCGUCGGAAUCUAGGACCGAGGAUCCAAUCUUCACUACUCCGAAACGCAAACAUCCCAAGAAGAAGACUCCAAAGAAGAACAAGAAGUCGCAAGACCUCAAGCCUCCUCCACCUUUCGAGGACGACGACUUCCUUAUACCCACUCCCCCGCGGUCGCCGGAACAUUCAACAACACUCGAGACACUCGACGCCGAUACUCCCGCAAAGAAGACGCAAGGACAGAAGAAGAGAGAGAAAGAGAGGUUGAAGAAACUACAGAAGACUUGGGAUGAAGAGAUCAUGAAGGAGAAGGAAGGCUUCUACGAAGAUUUACGAAAUAGGGCGCUCACUGCCUAUACAUAUGAUCACACCAACGACUCCUGCUGGUGGUAUACCGACUCUAAGGACCUCCCUCCUUCACAGCCACCCGCAUAUUAUGCACGCCGAUACAUUCCCAGAGGAACUAUCUUCAUGUGGGAGCGGCCUUUCAUGUGUGUAUACAACGAUCCGGCUAUGAACGAAGACGCCACCCUUUUCACUGCAGGCUUGCAGCCAGGCGAAGGGAGAUCGAAGUAUGACAAACUAGUAUCUCGCUUCCCUAAAGCUGGGGAAGAGGGCAAGCUUUGGAGCAAUUCGAUGAUUUUGACCAACGAUCCGAAGUCGAAAUGUCACUGGUGGGGUCUUUAUGAGCGACUCGCACUGAUGCGCAGGAGCUGUCAACCAUCUUCGAUGUAUAUAUGGGACGAGAGAAGGACUGUGGGAUAUCUUAUCGCUCGCCACGACAUCCCCCGGAACACUGAAAUCACACUCCCCUGGACAGCAGGCAUGGAAUUCCAAGACUACGCCACCCGAAAGGCGUUUCUCCACAGCCUAUACUCCAUCGAUAGCUGUGGGUGUCACCGUUGUACCCAAUCACUCACAGCCCGCCGUUAUAGCGAUAGGGCGCGAGCUCGGCUACAGAACUUUUUCAACGACCAAUCGCUUCCGAUAUCUACCGUACAGAGCCCUGUCCCAUACUACAACGCUAUUAAUCGAUGUUUGGACGAUUCUUUAGGCGAGUGUUCUGUGAUCUCCAUGGCCUUAGCCCUGGAGACAGGCUUCUGGCUGUGUUGUCAUUGGAGCGAUGCGGAGAGUGCGAAGGUCUGGGCUGGAUACGUCAGGGAGGUAGACUUGUGGCAGUGGGGAGAACGGCACUCUCAGUGGAAGAAGUGGACCGAGUAUGUGCGGUGUAUUGAGCAGGAGGACUGGGAUGGUCUACAAGGACAGUGGGGUCUGCAAGGUGUUAUGACAGUAGGCGAACCUUCGUCAAUGCUUAUCAAUGUGGGCUAUCUUGAUACUGUCGUCUUUUGCCGUUCCACUUUCAAGCACUUUGAAGAGAUCUAUGCGAAACGCCGAGAAAACGCCCUGGACGGCCCUCCUCUUCCAAACAUAGUCACACCCAGCAAAGAAGAUUGGGCGACGGCUCGCGAGAAACGAUUCAUGGACAUGGAGCGAUUUUACGACUCCAACAAAGUAUCGGAAGGGCAGCUAAAGAAACCAGAUACGGCCGGGGAUGAAGAGACUUUGGCUAAAGAUGAAGAAGAGACAGUAGGGAAAUGA